AUGGAGCAACAACAACGGAUGCAGCCAGGUGUUGGGCCACAACCGAGGCCAUGUUGUAACAUUACUAAGUUUAGGAAGAUAGCCUUGGCAUUUGACGAAGCCAUAGACCCUUUGGAGGCUGAAAAAUGGUUGACAGAAAUGGAGAAGUUAUUUCCCGUUUUUGAGUGUACGGAUGAUCAGAAGGUGAUCUAUGCUACAUUUAUGUUACAAGGGAUAGCUAAUGAUUGGUGGCAGAUGGAGAAGCGCAUACACGAGCAUGAUGCCAACCCCUAUACAUGGGAAAGGUUUAAGAAUGCGUUUAAUGAGAAAUACUUCCCUAGGAGUGUUCGUCUACAAAAACAGAGGAAAUUUUCAAAGUUAGAGCAAGGGAAUAAGACGGUUGCAGAAUAUGAAGCUAAGUUUACGAAGUUGUCUAAAUUUGCAUCAGCAUUUGAAGCAGACGAGGAUAGCAAAGUGGUUCCUUUCGAGUUACCUACUUUUGGAGUAGUGCUGAAUAAGGCAUUAUUGGUUGAGAGUGGCCUCACUAGAGCCCAAGAAGAGAAAGAAGAGAAUUAUAAGAAGAGGCCUAGUUCUACCAACUUUCAAACUAAUAACAGUUCGAAGGGCAAUGCUAAGAGACAAAACACUUCUUCGGUUGGGAGUUGGGGAAGUCGAACUGUGGGUGGUAGUGUUGACAAGCAGAACGAUCGGGUACAGUGCACUAGGUGUAAUGGAUUCCAUCGGUAUAAUGAGUGUCGUUGGAUUACUGGGGCUUGUUUCUCUUGCGGGCAACAGGGACACAGGAUAGCUGAUUGCCCUAACCGGAAGGGGCAUAAGAUUGAACAGAAAACAUGGACAAAUAAAGAAGCAUUAACAGACAAAGGGUCUUUAGGAAGUCAAAAGAAAAAUGGAGGUCAUAAGCCAAAGACUCAAGGUCGAGUGUACGCACUCACGCAACAAGAUGUUCAGACUUCCAACACGGUGGUGUCAGGUACUGUUUUAGUGUCUUCUGUUUAUGCACAUGUGUUAUUUGAUUCUGGCGCUACAAAUUCAUUUGUGUCUAUGGGAUUUGUUGAGAAACAUGGAUGGAAAUGUGUCUCUAGAGAGAUCGACUUAUGUAUUGAAACCCCGAUAGGAGGUGUUAUGGUUGCUUACUUAAUUUGCAAAUCUCGUGUGGUUAGUAUAGAUGACAGGAAAUUGCUUGUAGACUUAACUGUUUUAGAUAUGCGGGACUUUGACAUAAUUCUUGGAAUGGAUUGGUUGGCAACCAAUUAUGCUUCUGUUGAUUGUCGAGGCAAAAGGGUAGUAUUUCAGAUUCCUAAUCAACCAAAAUUUUGUUUUGUGGGUAGUGGAGUUAACACUCCUCUUUUGGUAAUCUCAGCUUUGCAAGCUAGACGGUUGUUAAGGAAUGGUUACGAGGGCUAUUUAGCUUCUGUGAGAGAUACCCGUGAGACUGAAUUGAAGUUAGAGGCUAUUCUAGUUGUGAAGGAAUUUCCCGAUGUUUUUCCUGAAGAGUUACUAGGGUUGCCACUAGAUACAGAGAUUGAGUUUGCCAUUGAAUUGAUACCCGGCACGGGUCCUAUCUCCAAGGCUCCGUAUCGGAUGGCCCCAGCAGAGUUAAAAGAGUUGAAGGAACAAUUACAAGAGUUACUAGAUAAGAGCUUUAUUCGGCCUAGUGUUUCUCCUUGGGCUUUUAUGGAGUUAAUGAACAGAGUAUUUAAACCCUUCUUAGAUCAGUUUGUGGUAGUUUUUAUUGAUGACAUUCUUGUGUACUCGAAGAGUAAAGAGCAGCAUGAAGAACAUUUGAGAAUAGUGUUGCAGAUAUUAAGGGAGAAGAAAUUAUUUGCUAAAUUAAAGAAGUGUGAAUUUUGGCUAGAGAGUGCAUCAUUUUUGGGUCAUGUGAUAUCUAGAGAUGGGGUGUCUGUUGACCCCAAGAAAGUGGAGGCGGUGGUAGAGUGGAAUAGGCCUACUAGUGUCACUAAAAUUUGUAGCUUCUUGGGUUUAGCAGGAAAAGUCAAUGCAGUGGCGGAUGCCUUGAGUAGAAAGACCCCGAGUAAUUUGGCUACCUUGAUCACUGACCAAAAGAAUAUCUUAGAGGACUUGCAGAGGUUGAAUAUUGAGAUUAGAUGGCAUACCCAUGGAGUGCAGUUGGCAAACCUUAGAGUUCAACCCACAUUGAUUAAUAGAAUUAAAGAUGCUCAGGGAAGAGAUCCUCAGUUGCAAAAACUUAAGGCUGAAAUGGAAAUAGGGCUACAGAUGGAAUUUUGUAUGCAUAAAGAUGGAACCUUGAGAUUUGGAGAGAGGUUGUGUGUGCCCAAUGAUUUAGAUCAAGAGAGAAAUCCUGAGAGAAGCUCACAGUUCAGGAUACACUGUACAUCCAGGGAGCACUAA